AUGGGCAAUGUUAUUUUCCGACGCAAAAAAGUUGUCACAGAAGAAUUGGAUGAAAUUCAACAAAAAGCACAAUUGCUCGAAGAAGCCAUCAAUAAAACUGUUAACAGUAAGCAUUCGAUGCGAUGGCUUUGUUCAUUAACCUUAUUUGUGCUAACUGGUAUUGGCAUAUCAAUGGUACUUUUCUACGUGUCGGACAAAAGACGUCGUACACUCUAUUCAGUGCUUGCUUCAUUUGCGGGUCUAACAUUGAUCUAUUUAACGAAUCGUCUCAUGAACGCUUAUUACGAAUGGUGUAUAGGAAAGAAACGAAGAACAUUUUUGGAAAUGACGAAAAGAAAAUUGGCCAUUCUUGAACAAGUCAAAGAAACUGAAACCUUCAAGGUUGCCAAAGAAAUUUUGGAGAAGUAUGGCGAUCCGGCAGCGCUUCCAUCAGAGCCAAUGCAUCAUAGUUCACGACGAGUAGAUGCUGAACAACGACUGAAUUCUCCACGCAGUUGUGAACAGCCACAACGACCAGCACGAGGUGGAUUUAAGGUUGCAGAAGGGCACAUGCAGAAAGAAACUCCAAUGACCGCAGCAACAGCUGAUCUCGCAAAGUCGCCAUCAAACAGCAUUUUUCCAGUGGAUAGGGUGGAUCAGCGUGGUGCUCCAAGACAGGAGCCACAACAGAGAAGAUUACCGCCCAGACCAUUUUUGGGUCAAAAUCGAUCGUUAAUCGAACGUUUCGUGGACUUCUUAUUGGCUGAUGGACCGAACUACAGGUAUGCGUUGGUCUGUAGCAGUUGUUAUGCGCAUAAUGGUAUGGCGCGCGAUGAUGAAUAUGAUCAUUUUUCGUAUUAUUGUUGGGUUUGUGGUGCGUUCAACGCGGCUCGAAAGCCACACCAAGCCCAGCUCCAACUUCGAUCUCAACUUAGACCCCCUCAACGAACUGGCAUAUCGCCGAAGAUUGGAUCGCUAAAAUUGCAAACAGUGCAAUCGCCGAUCAUCCGAACUCGUUCUGAAUCUUCGACUUCAGUUCGAUCCAGUGACCAUCAAGCAAACGUUAGCAAUACCCACUUUUUUCUGAUAUCAAUUAUGGGUAAGGGAAAAUAA